UUAGAUCAAACGUCAAAAUAAUGCACCGCGUGUGUUUUUUGGUUUUGCAGCGAUUUGUUUUUGACACAUUAAAGAUAAAAUUAUCAUAUUUAUUACAUUAAAAUGGCUUGCAUAGAUUUGGAAGGUAUACUUAAUAAAUUCAACAGUUACACUGAUAAACCAGUAAAAUUUUUGUCUGUGCAAAAAGAGUUGAAAGAGGACCUAAAAAGGUUUGUAAAAUCGGUAUAUGAUUACACGAAAUCUCAGGAGAAGAGCGAUAAGAAGAAGAAGAGUGGGGCCUUAAAGGAAUUAAUUGUGGAAGAUUUUGAUGAGGAGCAGAUAUGGCAACAGAUAGAGCUGCAGAACUCUCAACGCUGGGACCAGAUAGUGUGGGAGGUGGCCAACUCUAUGAGCGCAAAAAACGAAUUAGUAUUUCCCGUAAAAGUUGCUAAAGAAAAACCCAAGGAGAUCUUACCUCAUGGUGUUGAACCUAUGGUAGAAGAUGAUGAAGAAAAAGUAUCUGAGAAUAUUGAACUUGAGCAUGGCAGAUCUCAACGAGUUCAAAGUGAUGUACCAAAAAAGAAAACCAGGCCUUCGCAGGUGGAUGACAAGUUUUUCAAACUUUCCGAAAUGGAAGAGUUUUUAUUGAAAGAAGAAAAAAAACAAACAAAUAGAACCAAAGGUGAUCGUGACAGUGAUGAGGAGUCUAUAGAUUUCUUCGAAGAUGACAAUGAGGAGGAGGAAGAUGAAAAUGUCAUGUAUAAUGACUUUUUUGAUCAAGAUGGUGCUGAAGAUGGGGAUUAUGAUAUGGACCAGGAAAUAGAUGACUCAGUUGAAGAUGAAGAAGAGGAGGUUACAGAGCAGUCAAAUAAAAAAAAGCGAGUCCGAUUCUCACAACCAUCUAUUGAUGAUUCAGAUGACAAUUCAGUUGAUAGUAAUAAAAACAAUAAAGUAAAUAGUAAAACAAUUGAAGAAAAACAGUCUGAGUUUGAGCAACGCCAGCAAAGGCUAAAACAACACAUUCAACGACUAGAGGAAAAGACUUUGAAAGAAGCCUCUUGGCAACUCAAAGGUGAAGUGGAUGCAUCGAAACGUCCUCAAAACUCACUUCUUCAAGAAGUUGUGGAUUUUGAUUUAACAACACGUCCAGCUCCAAUUAUAACUGAACAGACCACAUUUACUUUAGAAGACAUAAUUAAACGUAGAAUCAAAGAUAAAGCAUGGGAUGAUGUUGUUAAAAAAGAAAAGCCAGUUGAUGACCAACUGGCAUUCCGAAAGAAAGAAAUUUUAGAUCAUUCAAAGAGCAAGCUAAGCUUAGCUCAAGUCUAUGAGGCGGAGUACUUAAAACAGAAACAGGCAGCAUCAGGAGAGAUUGUAGAAGAAAAAGAACCAGAAGCACAUAAAGAAAUUCGAGAAGCCAUGUCACAGUUAUUCUCAAAAUUAGAUGCACUGAGUCAUUAUCACUACACACCGAAAGCUGUACAGCCUGAAGUGACAAUUGUAUCAAAUACUCCAGCAAUAUCGAUGGAGGAGGUGGCUCCAGUAGCUACCAGUGAUGCAGCGCUACUGGCUCCCGAGGAAGUUAAGAGGAAACAGAAAGGAGAUCUUAUUAGCAAAGAAGAGAGAACAAAGACAGACAAAAAUAGAGAAAGAAGGAAAAAGAAGAAAUUGCAGAAGAAAAAAGGACAGGUUACAAAAGUAACAGACAGCAGGAAUACUACAAAGAGUGUAGAAGUCAGUGACAAAUCAGUGAAGACUUCAAAAGCAUUCUUUGAGCAGUUAAAUGAUAACACCAAGAGCUUGAUUAAGAAAAAUAAAUUAAUUAAGAAUAAGGGACAAUAAAAUAUUUUUUGCUUGUCAAUUUUUAGUAUUUGUUGGAAC